GCUAGCCCCUCCCAUUUUAACCAACUGCUAUCCAUUGAUUCUGCCACUGUGAUCUGUUUGCUGCAUGCUAGCAAGCAGAAGCUAGCUAUGACUGACACCCCUGCUAAUCUGGUGGACUGGUACCAGUCUGUAGUCAAGGAGAAUGAAGCAACCUUCAUUGUCUUUUACAGGGGAAUCUGGUGACCUUGGUGCAAGGAGCACCUUGUCUGGUUCAACGAACUGGUCGAGGAGCUUCUUGCAAAGAAGGUGGGGGUGUACGGGGUGUGUGCUCAACCUCCCAGCGAGGUGGACCAGAUAGUGAUGGAGAACAACAUUAAAUUCAAGUGCUGGUCUGAUGUGGAUCUGACUCUGUCUAACUACCUGAAGGAGCAGGGUGUGAUUGAGGUAUGCAUCACUGGCGGCCCGGGGACUGAGAAGGAGGAUCUUUAUUUCAAGAUACGAGAGUACCCCCAUGGCAUGAAUCAGCCUGCCAUCCUACUGGUUAAACCAGAUGGGAGUGUGGUGUACUCAUGGGCCAGUCGACCCGUCAAGGAGAACAAAGGCGGAGCUACUGGCAGACCAGAACCAAAAGACGUCUGGGCCCAAGUCAAGGACAAGAUUUAGCAGAACUGACAAUAAGGCAUUAUGCUGUACAUGUAUGUAUAAUAGUAGCUGUUGUGUCUGUGUAGCUCAUGAAGAGAGUGUGACCUAACCAGUCUCGCUGGAGUGCACUUUCUGAGGUUUAAUAUAUCAUAUCAACAGUUUUAAAUAAAUAACUUAUCGAUGACUAAUACAUGUAUGUCACAAAAUCA